AUGGAUUUUGCUGAAAUUUUAUCAAAUGCUUCAUCUGGAAAUUCGGAAAUCUCUUCUCAAUCAUUUCAACUCCUCAAGAAAUUCGCAGAAGAAAACACAGACGAGUAUACAUUGCAAUUAUUUUCAAUAUUUCAGAAUCAUAACGAAGAUUAUCACCUUUGCUGCAAUGGUUUAUCACUAAUAUGUUAUAACAGCAUAAGUUUUGAUAUGUUCGUACAGAAUUAUCAAUUAAUUUUACAAUUUCUUCGUUCUUCAGAUGUAACUUUAAAUAAUCUUGCCAUUCCACCAUUAUCUGCUCUAUUACGAAUGAUUUUAUACAAUGGAAACCCUAAUUCCAGUGAAAUUAUUAACACUUUCAUUGAAGGUCUGCAAGAUCCAGAUGAAAAUUACGCUUGUAAUUGCGUGGCAGUUAUUUGUCAAUCGUAUAACGGUUUUCAACAAUAUGCUGAAAUGCUUUUCACUCCAUUAUUCGAAUCUCUAAGUCAACAGCGUCCGAUUUUACAAAAGAAAAUUCUUGAAAAUCUUUCUCAAAUUGAUGCGGAAGAUCUCAACAUAAUCAAACAAUUUCCUAAUUAUAUACAAGGAAUUACAUCAUUCUUUAACGAUGAUAGCUUAAUAGGGCCAUCAUUUGUUUUCCUGAGCUCAGUUUUUUCGAAGAAAUCUUCAUUUUUAACUCAAGAAAUAUCUCAAAAAAUUUUGGAAAUCGAUAUCCAAAAAAUACAAAAUUCUGAUGAUGUUUUAAAGCUUGAGUUCAUAGAAUUAUGGUCCAGUAUUGCUAUGGCCGAGAAAAAUGCAGGUGAAGGAGAAAUGAUUCCUCAAAUGUCUUCGAUUUUUUGUAAUGAAAUUGUCACUUUUUUACUCUUAAAUUUUUCAAAUCGUCGUGACGUUGAGGAAGGGGAAAUUAACACAUUUGAUAUUGCCGAUGCAUCAAAGAAAUGUUUAAUAAUGAUUUGUGAGAAUUGUGUUCAACAAUCAAUACCUUUGCUUUUGAGUUUUAUUUCAGAAAAUAUAAAUGAAAAUGCUGACUCAACAAUGAAUGUUUUGCAUGUUUUCUUGAAGUUGAAAGACGACGAAAGAGUAGAAGAAAUAUUUGAUAACAUUAUUGAAUGGAUACUAUCAUCCUUCCAGCAUCAAAACAAGUUUGCAAGACUUGCUGGAUUGAAAUGUUUAACAACUUUAUCUUUGAAGUUCACUUUUGUCACUUUUGAAAUGAUUUCAUCUUUAGUUGAAAAUGUCAUUAAUUUAUGGCAGGAUGAUGACGAAAAUGUAGCCCAAGAAGCGUAUAAAUGCUGCUCUUAUAUAUACUCAAAAGCUCCUUGGUUCGUAAUUGUUGAUCAAUCUCAAUCUUUCAUUGAUCUUUUACAAUAUAUUUCUGUUUCGAGAUUGAAUUUUUAUUUCCAAUUUUUGUCUUCUUUCUUUUCGCAAUGCGAUGACAUGGAUGAUAUGAAUAGGAUAUUGGAGAUAUUAGUUACAUUAUGUAGUGAAGCAUUGUCUCAAAAUGAAUGGCCAAACCAGGUUUUCGACGCCAUUUUUGGUUGUUUGUACAAAUUAUGUUCUUCAAAAAGUAACAAAAGAUUUAGUGAAGAAUUAAUUUCAUCAAUUUUCGAUAUAUCACUAGUUGCUUAUAGUGAGAAGAGUGUUGAUGAUGCUCUGCUACUCCCAAGCUUCCUUGCUUCAGCUGAACCUGUUUUAUUUGCCGAAAACAACAGACACAUCAGAUUAAUUCAUUUUAUUUUUGAGACAUUUGAUAAAAAUGUCUCUACAUAUGCAUUAUCUGCAUUAUCUAAUAUGAUAUUGACUUAUGAUGACUUAAUUGCAGAUUGCAAUGAAGAAUUACAAAAAAUAAUUUCAAUUGUAUUCGAUUCUAUAAGUUAUUUGAACUUCGAACAAAAAAUCGAGUAUUUGAAAUACUCAAUACCUAUUAUGACCAUAUUGGUAGAUAAUAAUCUGCCAAUUUCUCAACAAAUUUCAGAAUUCGUUUUUAGUUCUUUAGAUGAAGCGGCUACACAGUAUUGUUUAUGCGAUGUAGAUGAAGAAACAAUAUUUGCAGCAAAUAUUCAGUAUCUAACUAAGUUUGCAGUUCAUACUUUCCAAAUUAAUAAUUAUUGCAAUGAGUUAUUUUCUUCAAUGGCAUUAUCUGUAACAAAAUUGUAUUCUAGAAAUCAUUGCUGUCCAAAUGAGCUUAUUAGCGAGAUGAAGUUCAUGGCAGAACUCAUAAUGAAGACUCUUGAUUUAUCAGAAAUUGAUGAUGAACAUGCUAACUUCCUUGAAAUAACAAGUGAAUUUACUGAUACUCAUGAUAUAUAA